AUGGUGGCUUGCGAAAGACAGCUUCUAGGCCUCGCUUUGGCCUGCAUCGCCUUCGUGGGAAGCAUCAUAAGCUGUGCUCUCCCUGCAUGGAGAAUCAUGACAACCUUCAAAGAUUUCAAAAUGAUUGUGGAGGGUUUUUGGAAGCGCAUGGGGUACGAGUAUAUACCGUUACCUGAAGUAAUGAAGGCUGCCAGAGCACUUAUCAUCAUUGCCAUUAUCAUUGAGGUCCUUGGGAUCCUGCUUGGUGUGGCUGGGAGAAAUUUUAUGAACUUCGUGCCAGACGAAAGGCAAAGGAGCAAAAUGACUCUGACUUCUGGAAUUGCCUUCCUCAUUGCAGGCUUCUUUUUUCUCAUACCAGUCAGCUGGACCACCAACACCAUCAAUGAUCAUCUGCUACUUAAAAAGAUGGAGUUGGAAGCGGCGCUCUACAUUGGCUGGUUCACCACCGUCCUUCUGUUCCUGGGAGGAGGCCUCGUCUGCAGCUCCUUUUUCCGCAGAAAUGGAACUGAGUAAAACAUUACCCCAACUCUGUGUAAGCAAGGCCUUACUUAUCGCUUUUAAAAUAAGGCCCGUUUUCAUACAUCGAGCAGUUUUUUGGAAAUAAGAAAAAAGGUUUUAUGAAAGUUUUCACCUUAAGUUUGUCAGUGGAAUGAGUAGAUUAACAAAGUAUAAAAUCAGAUUAAAAUAGAAAGAAAUCUUUACAAUUUGAUUGUGUAACUUGCUUCUAAAUGUAUUUUGAGGUAUCCUACACCAUUAUAACCACCUUUCCUAUUUUAUUUUUUUUUCAUUUAUUCUUUUUGUUAUUUACUCUGUUGCAUGGAGACAGACUUUACUUUUUUUGGGUAAACUGCUAUGAUUUCUGACUAUGUAUCCACUGGUUUAAGUCUAUGUUAUAUCUUUCAUUACCAUCUCUUUAUUAAAUUGACUCAAAAUUGAUGAUCAUGGAAUUGUUUUUACAUUCUUAAUAUAAAUAUAUUUGAUUGAUUGUUUACAAGUAAAAUUGAUCUCAAAUGAAAAUAAUAUUUCUGAGCAUGUAAAAUAAUCUUUUGCAUCUUUUUUUUGUGUCUUUUUUUUUGUUUGUUUGCUUGUUUUUGUUUUGUUUUUCUUAAAACAGCUCAAUAGGGCACCGGUUAGCUUUAAGCGGGCAAUCACAUGCCAGUGGCCAGCCAGGUUCGAGUCCCCUCGCAGCCCUUUGCCGCAUGUCUUCCCCUCUCUCUGCCCCUGCUUUCCUGUCCUCUUUACACUGUGCCUAUUGAAUAAAAAGUUGAAAAAGGCCAAAAAGAAAUAUUACAGAAAACGGUCAAUAACAUAUUAUGAAUGACUUAAUAAAAGACUCAUCAUUUGAGAGUUUCCCAUUUUAGAAUAAAAUGACAAGAUGUUAACAAAGACCACACUGCCAAACUUGACUCGGUGUGUUUUUAAGUUUACAAAUGAUACAUUAAAAAAGACAACUAGGUUUUUAGGUUUUUAAGUCGUGAAAGACAAGUCAGAGUUGACAAAGUGUCAGUUUCUGUACUUCAACACAUCUGUUGUGUCAAACAGUAACUACCAAAAGGAUUUAGUUUAGACUGGAGACUGUUUUUUUUGUUGAAUGUUGUCAUAAAAUUUUUAAUUACAAAUAAUACUGAAUUAUGUUUGUGGGCAAUACUUUGUCUAUGGUGUAAUAAAUGCU